GUCGUAUUUAUCGCUUUCGUGUCUCUUUAGGAAGAGAAGAACUUCCAGCAGGUUGUUGAGCUGAUAAUGCUGAUGAGGAAAUGACAAACAUUGGAACAGAACCAUCUGUUCUCACCCAGGCGCUGAUUGAUUGACAGAUGUCUUGGCCAUGAUGCUGAGCCGCCGCACCCUGUCCGUCGCCCUCCUGCUGCUUCAGUUCCGAGGCCUGGUGAGCUUCCUGGAGGAGGAGGAGGAGCAGCACAGCGUUCCCGGAGAAUGGGUUCUGCUCCACGUAGUGCAGGGCCACAUCGGGGCGGGGAACUACAGCUACCUGCGGCUCAACCACGACGGCACCAUCGUCCUGCACAUGCACAGCCUGAAGGGCGACGCCGACCUCUACGUGUCAGAUAAGACGCUACGACCCAGUUUCGACAGCUAUAAGCUGCAGUCGGCCACCUGCGGCCGGGACGUGGUGGUGGUCCCCAUGGACUUUGCACGCCCCGUGGGCAUCGGCAUCUAUGGACACCCAUCCCACAGGGAGAGCGAGUUCGAGAUGAGGGUCUUCCACGACCAGACGGCACCGCAGGAUCCUUUCGAUAUGAGCUCGGAGGAUGCGCAGAAACAGAAGAAACCCGCUCAGACGGCCGACGAGAACGUUGAGGAAGAGGAGUCGAUAUUUUGGACCAUUCUAAUUGGAUUGCUGAAGAUCAUUUUAGAAAUUUUAUUUUGAAAGAAAGCCUUCAUUGCUGCUGCUUGGUGUUCUAUCUUCACCUCCGAGAAAUGGAAAGCUUUUGUGGGCUAGUCACGUGAAGAACGGAAGGAUGAAUGAAAACGAGCUGCUCAUCUUCAAGGCAAGCGUCGGUGGACACAUGUUUGGGAGAAGACACCAAAACGUUGCGUUUCCAGGGAUUAUCCUAGCUGGUGGCUAGCUGAGUCUACUAAUAUUUAAAUACGAUAAUCUGCGUUUAAUAGAAAAAAAAAAUUAAAAAAAUGCAAUUUUAGUCACACUGCGCUAUUAUCUCCCAACGCCCCCCAAAGACUUUAUUACGUGCACGAAUGUCCUGUCGAGUUAGCGUGCCGUGUUUUGGACUUCAUAGAUUAUUUUCAGUCUGUUAUUUUUCUAUGAAUUACCCCGGAAUAAUUACGUUUGUGAGAAAAAUUGUCCCAAAACAAUGAAAAUGGUUCAUUCACAUAUUUGACAAAAUUGUGUCUCCUUCUGGUGUCUUCUGUCAAACGUGUGCGACGACCGAGGCGUGAAGAAGAACCCGAGCAGGUUGUUAUUCCGUCGUGUGAGCUCUCAGGUUGUUUUUGCUCUACACGCUCGUGAUGACAACUUCUCCGCUGUCCACUUUGCGGCUAGCACGCAGGAGGAAUGUUCCCACAGUGCCUUCAUGUCGGUUCUCCGUUUCCUCCUGGAUCGAAGGAAUUUUAUUACAGAAAUAAAAUACUUUUUGAAGUGA